AUGCUUAACGAAAGUUUAGAAUCUGACAAGGAGAUCGAUCCAGAAAAAGAAAGACAAAGAUUAAUGAUCAAGAGAUAGAAGUCAAUAGAGGAGAGUCUCCAAUUAAAUGUCAAAGAUCACAUCAUUAAAUUAGAAAAUUACUUGGUUGAAUUGAAAAAAGACUUAGAAAACAGCAAAAAAGAAAUGGCGAAUUUAAGAAUGGAAAUUUCGACUGUGAAGAAUAAUCACGGAACAAUGAGUGAUGAUCUAAGUACAUUUAUACAAAAUGAUGCAAAAAGACUUCUAAAUGAAACUUACAAGAAAUCUUAAGAUGCAUAACACGAUAGUGAAUUUUUAGAUGCUUAAUUAAAUGUAUUGAAAAGCGAUAAAGACAAAUUAUUAGAUGUUACAACUACAUUGGAAAAAAGAAUUGUGUCAUGUGAAACAGAUGUAGGAUUUAAACAUGUUUAUGAUUGA